CGCCGGUCUAGGCGCGAGAAGCCCCAGCGCACGCCGACAAUGUCAAUAUUUGGCAACAACAUCCACUCCCUUGGCGACCUGGCGAAUCUGAUCGGAAUAACCACCGUCGCGUCCCCGCGCCAGGCACACGGCUGGCAGAAGCAACCGCAACCGCAACAGAAGCCGAAAGCUCCCGCGACCGAUGAAUGCUCCAGUAGGAGUUCCGCCCAACCAGCCGGUCCCAAUCCUGAAUUUCACCUCAGCGUUGCCAUGCAUGAAGCCCUCAGCCGUAUCUUCGACGAAUUGCGCGGCGCAGAUGCUCUCCUGACCCGAGCCAAGUUCGCCGAGUUUCUACAAAAUGUUCAAGGAGAGACCAAGGUGGACCUGAGCAAGGACAAUUACGCUCUGGGCGAGUUCCUCUACAUAUGGCACACAUGGUCUUCAGAGGCUAUCGCGCCCUUGCCAGAGAAGGAUCUGUCCAAGCCUCUCACCAACUACUUCAUCAACAGCAGUCACAAUACCUACUUGGUCGGGAAUCAACUGGCCUCGAGAAGCUCACCGGAAGCAUACAGAAACGUCCUUCUACGAGGUUGCCGUUGUAUCGAAAUCGACGUGUGGAACGGGGAUGCCGUUGUUUCGACGAGCAGAUCCAGGUCCCCUAAGGCGGACCACAAGCGCGGUCUGUCAGGUGAAUCAUUGCCCAACGCCGCCACGACAGUGCGAGAGGCCAUCGAGGACUGGUCGGGCAAUCGAUCUCGUAGUGCCAGCGCCAGCAGUCGACGGGAGACGGAACCCUCCCCGCGCUCAAGUACCCACCAGUUGCCGUUGGAGACACGCGAGUCUGGAGAUCGCCUUGAUGUUUCAAAGCCCGCGCGGACUCGACAGUCGUUUCCUAAGAGCGAGCCCAUCGUGACGCACGGAUGGACUCUCACCACCCCUUGCGGCUUUCGAGAGGUGUGCAAGGCUGUACGCGAGGUUGCUUUUGUUGACAAUGACCUGCCCAUCAUCGUCAGUCUUGAGGUACAUGCCGAUCCAGACCAGCAGGAGCUCAUGGUUCUCAUCAUGAAGGAGGAAUGGGGAGAGAUGCUUGUGGACAAGCCAUUCGAAGGCUGUGACCCCAGGUUUCAACUUCCCAAGCUGAGCGAGCUGCGCAACAAGAUCCUCGUCAAGGUCAAAAAGGCCCCAGCGAAGAUUGUCGUCCCACCCAGCACCAUAGACUUACCUGCCAUCUGCGCGAACGACGAAGAUGCCUCGGGAUCUGAAGACGAGGAGGCAUCCCAAGGAUCGGGCGCCUUUCUCCUGAGCACAAGCAGCAGCGCUCCUCCGCAGCCCAAGAGCUCUAAGGUGGCCAUCUGUGAGAGCCUCGGAAGCCUGGCAGUCUACACACGAAGUCAGCACUACAAGAGUCUCGCAACCAAGGAGGCCAAGAUUCCCCCUCACAUCUUCUCCAUUAGUGAGAACCGCAUCCUCGAGCUUCAUCAGAAGCAACAUCGUGACAUGUUCACCCAUAACAAGGGUUACUUCAUGCGUGCCUUUCCUGCAGGACGGAGGAUUGAUAGCUCCAACCCAGACCCAAGUCGUUUCUGGCGUGGCGGUGUUCAGAUGGUGGCUAUGAACUGGCAGAACUUGGACGAGGGCAUGAUGCUCAAUGAGGGCAUGUUUGCCGACGAGAAGGGUUGGGUUCUGAAGCCUGAGGGCUACCAGAGCUCCAACAAGUCUGCAGAGACCCAGAGCGAGGCCACUCCUGGUCGCACGAUGAACCUGAGGAUCACUGUCUUUGCUGGCCAACGCAUUCCCGUCCAGGCCGGUGAUGCUGCGGACCAUAAUCGUUCCGCCAGCACCAUCCGCCCGCUCAUCAAGGUGGAACUGCACGUCGACAAGCCAGACGAUGUUGAACGAGAUGGGCAGAUGCAGGAGUACAACUACAAGGGCAGGACGAGGUCCAGCAAGACGGAUCAUCCCGACUUCGGCCCCAGCGGCUCGACGCUCGAGUUUCUCAACACACCAAGAGUGGUGGAGGAGCUCAGUUUUGUCAGGUUUAAGAUCGAGGACGACUCUUCCAAGCUUGGCAGCUCGCCACUUCUUGCUUGGGCUUGCAUUCGUCUAGACCGCCUGCGCCCAGGCUAUCGAUUGAUCCGCCUUAUGGACUCGACGUGUCACGCGGUGCCCGGUGGGAAGCUGUUCGUCAAGAUUGACAAGACCUUUGUCGGAUGA